GCCCUGCCAGCGCAUGUGAGAAGAAGGCAGUGUCUCGCCCCAAAUAUGCCCGCGCCCGCCCUUCCUCCUCCCUCUGCCCCGACGUGACCCUCCCUGUGAAAAAUGGAAAUGAAUCGGGAGGAGCCGAGAGGAGAGUAGCGCGCCAGACCCGGGAGUGCGCGCUCCUCGGCUAGACAAGACCAUCCCUCUCCUCUCCCAAACUGAGGGAGUGGGGCGGCCUGUGUGCUCCACAAUCUUCGCGUUUGGAGAUCUCCAAGCAGAGCCAUGGAGGACUUCUGGUAAGUCCGAGCAGCCGAGCUGUGGGGCAGGGGAUUUGUGCAAACAGGAUGGCGGAAGCUGGGGUGGGUGUGUGUUUGUGUGUGUGGAUGCCAGCUGCCUCGGUGCCGCUUCUUGGUAUAGCGCCGCGUUGCCAGGAUCCUGCAAGAAAGCGUAAAAAUCUGACGCGCGCCAGGCGAAACACUGGGAAGAAGGCAAGACACGUGUUGCUGCUAAACUACGUGAAGACGGCAAGGCACGUGUUGCCAUAGGAGCCAACUCCGAGGGGCCGAGGUCACUUCAGCCUCUCCAAUCAAAUAUAUGAGCUCCCCCCCCGCCCAAGUUGCUGGGCAUUGCCUUUCAAAUGGUGUGUGUGGCAUAGGAGCCAACUCCGAGGGGCCGUGGAGGGUCUUCGCUGCCCCCAUAAAAGUUGAUGGGCAUUGCCAUUCAAAGGCUGAGUGUCCACAUCAUCCUGUAAUCGAUUAUGCAGGGCGAGGUUUACCUGCCACCCCUCCCAAUUUUGAUUCAAUUUGACACCCCUACGUGUCGCCUUCCAAACCCCACCGCGAACCGGUUGCUGUUUAGGCGCGACCCUGCACGUGUCUUACUCAAAAGUAAGCCCCACUAAGGCCAGUCGAGUUUACUCCCAGGAAAAAUGUGUAGUGCAUCGCUGCCAAGCUGGUCUUGGUGUUGCUGCGGUGAAACCCGUGAGAAGGCUCCGGUUACUUGUCUGGAUUUUGUUUUUAUUCUUGGCUUGUUUUGAAUCUCUUUGAAACUUAAUCUUUGAUGGAAAUAGCAAAGGAUGGGGCGCCACGGACAGCCUUCACCCUUUUCUCAGAGCCGGGGUGGGUUGGGGGCUAGCCAGGUUUUUUUGCCGCUGUGAAGCCCCCGGAAGGGCACCACUGAGGCUCCCAGCCUUUGUGUGUACCCAAAUGCCCGUGGUUUUUUGUUUUGGUUUUUUUGCCAAACUGGGUUUUUGCCCCGGGUGGAAAUGAGCCUCCGUUCUCCCCUGCUAGCUGUGUUUGCAAAUGACAUUGCCCUUCCCCAACUGCUUUUCUUUCCCGAACGAAAUCUAUUUAUAGACACGUGCGCACAUAUAUGGGGAUGUAUGGAAAACAUAUUUCUCUCUCAUGCUCCUUCUGUUUGACACGGGGAUAUAUAGGGAAGAGGUAAGGGAAAGGGAGAUCUUUAGGUAAGGAACUUUUGUCAUUUGGCCAGAAUGGAAACAUCUUAACAGCCUAAUUCUGUGUAGUUACUUCUGUAAUUCCACCAGUCAACGAGUGCUUUCCAAAGGAAAGGACAAGGGGCCCCUGUUCUAUACCGCCAAUAAUUUUCAGUCUGAACACAGAAGAAUCAAGAGGAAAGAGAGGCAGAAAUAAGCAGGAGAGGAGCAUGGAAACUCAUGGGGCUAAGAUUUUUAGCUCCUUUUUCCUCAAACUUAAGGCAAGAGAAAUCUGAUGUCAAUCUGUUUUCGAUUCUGUCCAGUGAAUGAAAAUCACCGUAUUUUUUGCUCUAUAAGAUGCACCAGACCACAAGACGCACCUAGUUUUUGGAGGAGGAAAACAAGAAAAGAAAUAUUCUGAGUCUCAGAAGCCAGAACAGCAAGAGGGAUCCCUGCGCAGUGAAAGCAGCAAUCCCUCUUGCUGUUCUGGCUUCUGUGAUAGCUGCACAGCCUGCAUUCGCUCCAUAAGAUGCACACAUAUUUUCCCUUACUUUUUAGAACUUUUGUUCUAAGCUUCUUCUUCUUCUUCGGCAAUCACUCGUAGCUGAGUCAGAUUGUCUUCCAUGAACACGGUCUUCACAGUGAGUCCGUAAGUGACCUUGGAGGCCAAUUCUGGAUCCACACAUCCUUCCACAGUGGGGACAUAGGUUUCCGGGCGGGAGUUGAUCACAGUGAGGGUUUGCCAAGCGUGCCUUCCUCUUAGCACGUUUCUCCUUUCCAUCCUGAGUUUGAGCGUCUUCAAAGCCCAUGACGCCUUUGGUAAAGGCUGUUCUCCAAUUGGAGCGCUCGCAGGCCAGGGUCCCCCAACUGUCAGUGUAUAUACUACAUUUUAAAAGAUUUACCUUAAGAAAGUCUUUAAACCUCUUUUGUUGACCACCAGCAUGACGCUUUCCAUUUUUAAAGUUCGUAAUAGAGUAGUUGGGACGCGGGUGGCACUGUGGGUUAAACCAUAGAACCUAGGACUUGCCUAUCAGAAGGUCAGCAGUUCAAAUCCCCGCAACGGGGUGAGCUCCCAUUGCUCGGUCCCUGCUCCUGCCAACCUAACAGUUCAAAAGCACGUCAAAGUGCAAGUAGAUAAAUAGGUACUGCUCCGGCGGGAAGGUAAAUGGCGUUUCCGUGUGUUGCUCUGGUUCGCCCAGAAACUAAUUGGCAGUCAGUGGAGUUUGGCCAGGAUCGGUGUAAUAUGCUCAAACCAUCUUGCCCUGGUGAGCAACCUGGCCGUCAAAUUCUGCACCAGCUGAAGUUUCCGAACCGUCUUCAGAGGCAAGCCUAUGUAUAACAUGUAAUGUAACCUAGAGAUUACCAGAGCAUCGACAACAGAAGUUAGGCUACCCCUGUCCAGAUAGGGACACAACUGGGCCACCAGGCAAAGCUGAUGGAAGGAACUGAUGUCACUGAGGGCACUUGAGUCUCAAGUGACAGCAAAGGAUCUACAACAGCCUUUCUCAACCUGUGGGUCCCCAGAUGUUGUUGAACUACAACUCCCAUCACCCCUAGCUAGCAAGGCCAGAGCUCAGAGAUGAUGAGAGUUGUAGUCCAACAACAUCUGGGACCCACAGGUUGAGAACCGCUGAUCUAGAAGUACCGCCAAGCUACAGACCCGCUCCUUCAGAGUGAGUGUAACUCCAUCAAGAGCAGGCAAACUCCCAUCCAUCUAAUCUAGGGAAUCACUCACUAAUCGUGCCUCAGUCCUAUCUGGAUUGUAUUAAGUACAGUCAUACCUCAGGAUAAAUACGCUUCAGGUUGAGCGUUUUCAGGUUGUGCUCCGCAGUGACCUGGAAGUAAUGGAGCGCGUUACUUCCAGGUUUCGCUGCUCAUGCAUGCGCAGACGGUCAAAAUGAUGUCACGCGCAUGCGCGGAAGUGGCAAAACGCGACCCGUGCAUGCGUAGAUGCGCUGUCGUGUCUUACGUUCUAUUUGGGAUGUGAACGGGGCUGCGGAACGGAUCCCGUUCGCAUCCCAAGGUACCACUGUAGUGGGUGGACAUAGCAGAGAACUUCAAUACCUAACAGAUUGAGCUUCAGUUUGUUGACUCUCAUCUAGUCAAAGUUAUUGAGGAAAGACAACGGUCUACCACUGCCAUCACCUGCAGAAGAAGAGCUGUGUGUCAUCAGCAUAUUGCUGAUGGUUGUUGUUUAGACGUUUAGUCGUGUCCGACUCUUCGUGACCCCAUGGACCAGAGCACACCAGGCACUCCUGUCUUCCACUGCCUCCCGCAGUUUGGUCAAACUCAUGGUGGUAGCUUUGAGAACACUGUCCAUGCUGAUAACGUACUCCAAAACCCCACUCAGCAGUUUCAUGUAGGUGUUAUGGGGGUUUUCGACCAGUGUGCCGUGGCCUUGAGUGAUGGUCAGGGGUGCCGCAGGCAAUACUGACCUCUGUCCCUCAACCUUCUCUCCAUCCUUUGAUGCCCUCUUGUGUCUCUGCCUCUCAAAGGCUUGCGUGGCUGUUUGUUGCAGCAGCCCUGGCCAUAAGCUCCCCAGGCAAGUGGUAUCUCUGGGGCUUGCCAUGGGGUGCUGGUUGCCAGGAGCUGAGGUGGCUUUGGAAUAAGCAAGCAAGUGGGUGAGGAAGCCCAGCCAGCCAGUGUGGUGUAGUGGUUAGGAGCGGUCGAUUUGUAAUCUGGUGAACUGGGUUCACAUCUCGGCUCCUCCACAUGCAGCUGCUGGGUGACCUUGGACUAGUCACACUUCUCUGAAGUCUCUCAGCCUCACUCACCUCACAGAGUGUUUGUUGUGGGGGAGGAAGGGAAAGGAGAUUGUUAGCCGCUUUGAGACUCCUUUGGGUAGUGAUAAAGCGGGAUAUCAGAUCCAAACUCCUCCUCCUCCUCCUCCAGCCCUUGCUGUUGGGAAAGGACAGACAAUAGGGAGGCCAGACAGCCAGUAAGGCAGAUGCUUGCUGUGUGCAAGGCCUGCCUGGGAGUUGAGUGCUCAGUGCUGAAGGGGAGGCUUUCUGCCAUGCAAGCCCGGCGGUGCCUGCUGCCGCACCUGCUGCCUCCCAAGGUAAGGUGCUGGCCUCAUGUUCACCUUUGGCCAGCCUUUGUUGGGCCACUAAGGCUGGUGGGGACAUCCUCUCCGCAGGCCCCUGUGGGGCAGUGUGAGGAGGCGCCUCUCUUUGGCAUGGGGGGCAGCACAGAGACCAGGGAUGGCGGCAGCAGCUGCCCAGAGGACUCCCAAGGAGAGGGGCGAGGAGGCUGAGGGAACACUCCACAAGAUAGGGUGUUUGAAAAAGGGUGAGAGGCUGCCAGCUCUGCUGGCAAGGGGUGACAUAACUGGGCUCCUGAGCCCCACAGGGGUGCCACAGAAAGAAUGUACUUGGUUAAGGGAGCCGUGGACUCAAAAACAUUGGAAACCUCAAUUAAGCCUUGAGGAACUCCACACUGAAGGCUCCAUGGGGCCAAAAAGUACUCCCCAAGCAUCACUUGCUGGAUACAGCCAUCCAAGUAGUACUUGAACCGCCACAAAUGUCUAGUUGCCAUUUUGGGGCAAGACGGUUCUAAAGUCUUAUUUUCCAAAGGAUGGACUGAUUGUGACUGAUUCUCAGUUAAACAUCUGGCCAGUUCAGAUGACAACCUUGAGCCAAAUUAAGAACCUUGAGAACUUAAAGAAGAAAAGUCAUUUUAUCGACUAACAGUGCUGCAGACCUAUAGGUGUUUUGUUUUUUUUAAAGCAAAUAGCUUAUACAGUGGUACCUCGGGUUAAGUACUUAAUUUGUUCCGGAGGUCCGUACUUAACCUGAAACUGUUCUUAACCUGAAGCACCACUUUAGCUAAUGGGGCCUCCUGCUGCCGCCGCACCGCUGGAGCACGAUUUCUGUUCUCAUCCUGAAGCAAAGUUCUUAACCUGAAGCACUAUUUCUGGGUUAGUGGAGUCUGUAACCUGAAGUGUAUGUAACCUGAGGUACCACUGUACGGUGGGCUUCCCUAGACCAUCAACAACCUUAGAAAAUGAGUGCCAGAGAUACAGUCCGUACCUGCAGGAAGGGACUGGUCUCACAACUGCAUUAGAUACUGUUGAAUGUGAAAUGUGGUUUCCAGGUCUUCAGAGGGUUUUUUUUUUCUGAGACAGGUCUGGGAGAAAGCUUUUCUGAUUCAGCCUGGGGCUCCCAUUGGACCGGUGCACCACACAAGACAAUCUCAGCCUCAGUGAGCAAAGCCUGUCUUAAACUAAUUUACCACUAGCACUCACUCCAGUAAAAUUAACCCAUCCCUAUCACCUGAGUGCCGGAAGGGAUGCUCAGAAUGAGGAUCCUACCUCCACAUGUGGUGGUUUUGCCCCGUUCCUCUAGCUUUGAUCAUAUUUCUAAAAUAUGUAACCAGAUCAUCCUGUAAGCAGCUCCUUUUGCUCUUCCCUGCCCCCAAGCUCCUUCUUGGAAAUCUCAUUAGUUUCCUCUUGGCUGCAGGCAGCAAGAGGUCCUCUGUUUUUCUUUUAUUGAAAAUUGGCACAAGCAAGUUUGACAUCUCAGUUUCAUGGAAAAAUUAACGCACGAUACGUGGAAAAUAAAUCUAAUAGAUUUAGACAUGAUAUGGUUUUCAUUCCUAACUUUCAUAACUUUUGAGAAUUCACAACCUCCCACCACCCACCCUAGAUUUUGGAAGGAGCUGUAUUAGAUAGUUGUUUUUACUUUUGGCUUGAUUUUAAUGCUCGUCAAUUGUUUCCAGUCAUGUAUUUUAACAAUUAUGCGUUAGAGAUCUGAAACUGUGUGUUUUGUUACGGUUCUCCAUUGUGAUGCAAUUUGCAAAAUAGAACAAAAAGUGAGCGAUGGUGGGAUAGGCUCCUCUGCGUGUUCUUUUAAGAAAAUUAGUUGAGAAAACCAGUCUGGUUCCUGCCUCUUAUAAACAGUAUUUCUAGCUACAUAAGAAUCUCAUACUAAUUCAAAAUAAAGUCCCUUUGCACUAAAUACGUGCAUUGGGUUGCUCCCCAAAGUUGCAAGUUUUUCAUUUUAUAUUGCGUACAAUGACAGUAGUGAAUGCCUGAUUCCAGUUCUGGAUUGAUAACAGUUCUUGGUGGGUUUUCUUACCGCAACACAGCGCAGUGCCAGUGAGAGAUUUCCUCCCAUUAACAAUAGCAGGAAGAAGAAGGAAAGUCAGUUCUGACUGGGGUCAUGCCAGUCGUGUAGACUUCCUCAUUUGGCAGACUUCCUCCAUCUGCCUCCAGUCGCCUCCUGCUACAGCAGCUACCUGAGAGGAAAAGCCACCACGCAGGACCAAAUAUCAGCGCUGGUUUCACCCUCCAUGUUCCUGAAGUGAGCGCCAAAAUAGCCCACUCAGUAUGCCUGAGAAUCUAGAACAGAGGUUGCGUGUCAAGGUCCGCAAGCCACCCCAAAUAAACUCACACUUCACACAUCAAUUUUUGUUUAAGGUUUUUAGCAUGAUUUUGGCCACAACUUUGUUUAAAUACACACAUGUGAGUGGUUGCUUAGGCAUUGGUUAUGACUAUCUGUCCUUGCCCCAGGGACAGAACUGACUUCCGGAUUCCAGCGGAAGCUGGUCAGGGAAAACAAUAUCAGGGAGAAAUGAAGUUGGGCAUCAGACCCUCACUUCUUACCCACAUGCUCCCGGGGGCUUGCACGGCCCAAGCCCGAUGUCAGGGACUUGGACGAAAGAAUGGCAAGCCCCUGGAUUCCUUUAACGGAAUUCCCUUGCAGCACCACCAUUGGAGGGGUAGGCACUUACCCCUCCACCAACCAAUUUUAACCAAUGCCUAACUGCCAAGCUUACAAGUUGUGACGAUUUGCUACGCAGUAGGCAAAAACCAAAUGGCACCAGCCAAUCAGCCAAAUGGACAAAAUUCCUACCAGGCCCCUGCCCCAAAAGCAGGCAACCCCAUGACAGGCAUAGCAAGGUCAAAGCAAAGAAUGCCCCCAAUUCAGGGAGCGUGGGUGGGUGAUCCGGUGCAUGCAGCCCAAGAGGAUGCCCAAGGCUACGUGUCCAGUAUUUAAAACCUUUGACCCCUCCUUCCAAUUGGCAACAUCAAAAUCUCCCCAGAGACUCGAAUUAUCCAAUCACUGCCUGUGGCCAUCCAAACGUAUCCGCCCAGCAACAGUGGGGUGGCCUGCUGGCCUCCACCGCAACACGUGCUCUCUGUUAGGGAGAACACGCUUUCCCAAACUUUUUCAGGUCCCCAUCUCCUUGGUUCCAAAAACUCAUCCCCACUGCCCUGUAUCCCAUAAUAAGCAUUGUUCAGAACAUGACCCACUAAGAAAGAGAGAUAAAAUUCAAAACAGCAACAAUUAAAUGCACAUUCAUUCAAAAUCCCAUUAAAACUAUCUAUCAGUCAACAAUGAGACUUCCGGGUUUCGGCACACACACACACACACAAAACAGAGACUUCCAAUCUCAGGGUUGUGGGUUCGAGUUCCAGCACCAGGCAAAAGAUUCCUGCAUUGCAGGGGGUUGGACUGGAUGACCCCUGUGGUCCCUUUAAACUCUACAAUUCUCUGUUUCUAUGAAAACCGAUGAACUUGAUCUGGUGGUGCCAGCUUUUCAGUCACUUAUUGUGCUGGUCCCGAGGGUUAACCGUGCAGUGAGUUCCGAGUCCAGUCUGAGUUCAAGGGUGCGGUAUGGAGGCUGUCCAUCAAAGCUGAAGCUGGGUCCAAGGCAGGGAGUCGGGUGAGGUCAGGAACUUUGGCAGAGGAGUAGGACAGGGUACAGGCAGGAACAGGCUACCAACAACAUUGCUCCCGCAACCUGGGACUGGGGCUGGCUGGCUUUUAUCUGCCCCGAGGCAUAGGGCGGCCCCGGUCCACAGGUGACUCGCCUCUCCUGGCCUGGAGGCGAGCACUCCUCCUGCGGGAACUUAGUUCCCUCCGCCUCUCUGCCCUGAGCCUCUGCAGCUCAGGAGAGGCUGGAGGGUUACCGGACCCAGAGGCAACCUCAGCUUCCCCUGACGGGGCUGAGAGUGGAGCACCUGCAGGCAAUGGGUCCUCCAUCACCUCAGGAGCCAGAGCAGACUCAGCUGGUGCCUGCACCUGAGGAUCCAGCACAGGUGAGGACCCUUCAGGCUCAGGCCCCAGCCCCGGCUCAGCUGGUUCUGGAGGCGGGGACUCCUGUGCAGGCUGGGAUUCCUCAGGUUCAGCCUCUGAGUCCGAAUCCCAGGCCAUCACACUUAUGCCUCCAGUACCUCACUGCCCUCCUGCCUCUAAGCACUCCCCACUAGGCAAUCCCACUGCCCCCCCAGGGCUCAGUACUUCUCAUUUUGGGAACCACUGGCCUAGAAGCAUAUGAGGCACUGCCAGAUCUCUUUGAGGACAUCCGUGUUGGUCCCCAUAGAGACACUCCGACAUGGAAUAACAACACUGCAACAAUGGAGUUUGUUUUAUAUAUAUAUUUAAUGUAGAUAUAUAUAAUCCCCAGCCCUGGAUUUCAAAGAGUUCUUAUUUGAUUUCAAAUGGGCAGGACGCCAGGAGGAUGAACAGCUGAGUCCACUUGUUUUUGCAGUCUGUCCUGUCUGAUACAGUAUUGACUGAGACACUAAGAGCCGAGAGAGUUCAAAUCUGAAAAUAAAGGAAGCUAAGCCAGCAGGAAGGUGCAAAAAGACACACAGGGCCACAGAGACAACCUUUUCUAAGCUAGUGUUUGCUUGUACACAGUGGGUUGGCAUGUGUGGUGAUUAUUAGUCAUCACCACCCAGGGUUAGCAAAUAAGGCAUAGCAUCUAAUUUCAGCAAAGCACGUGAUGAGAUCUCCCAUGAUAUCCUUGUUGACAACAUGGUAAAAAUGCGGGCUGGUCAAUGUUACUGUUAGGUGGCUCAGAAAUAAAAAAGCUUUUGUGUGUGGUGCUGUGGUCUAAACCAUGGAGCCUCUUGGGCUUGCCGAUCAGAAGGUCGGUGGUUUGAACCCCCACGAUGGGGUGAGCUUCCAUUGCUCUGUCCCAGCUCCUGCCAACCUAGCAGUCCGAAAGCACACCAGUGCAAGUAGAUAAAUAGGUACCACUGCGGUGGGAAGGUAAAACGGCGUUUCCAUGUGCUCUGGUUUCUGUCACGGUGUUCCGUUGUGCCAGAAGUGGUUUAGUCAUGCUGGCCACAUGACCUGGAAAGCUGUCUGUGGACAAAUGCCGGCUCCCUUGGCCUGAAAGAGAGAUGAGUGCUACAACCUCAUAGUUGCCUUUGACUGGAUUUAACCAUCCAGGGAUCCUUUACCUUUUUACCUUUAUUACCUUAGGUGGACCCACAACCCCAAUGAGGGAGGCCUUGCCACAAGACUCCGCCUUACAACCUCUGCUUGUUAUCAUUUUUGCAGGAAGUAGAGGGCAAACUUAUCAGAUUUGCAGAUAACACAGUGGUGCGAGGGACAAGAUACGAUCAAUCAAACACAAACACACACACACACUUCUGAAUUUUUACAAAUUAACUUCAAAUUAAAUAGUUACAUUAUUUCAUAUAUUGACUUUCCACUCCCACCUCCACUGUUUUUUAAUUCGAACUCUUUUCUACUGCAUUAUAUAUAAAAUUCUCGUCUAUUAUCAAAAUCCCUCUAAGACAAUUACUUUAUCAUUUUUCUUCUACUGCUCCUAUCUCAAAUCCUGUCUGCGAUUUCAUUUGUAGUGCUUUCCCAAAUGGUCCAAAAAAAGAAAAAGGUCUCCGUUCUUCUGUAAAAAGUUACUCAUUUUGAUCUCUUAACAUUGCUGUCAACUUUGCAUAGUCCAUAACUUUUAAAAGCCAUUCCUCCUUCGUAGGAAUCGUCUCUUCUUUCCACUUCUGUGCAUAUAGAGUUCUAGAAUCAGCAUUACCUUGAAAGGCUGGCGCACUAGGCCAAAAUAGAACAAGGUGGGAUUCAGCACAGAGAAAAGCAAAGUCUUGGAUUUUGACACACACACACACACACACACACACACACUCAGAAGCACAAGCAUAAGUCUAAGAUGGGGAAAAUAGGGCUUGGCAGCAGCAGAUAUGAAAUGGUGAAUUAGUGGAUCACAAGCUGAACAUGAGCCAACAGUGUGCUAACAAUGCUAAUGUAGUCUUUGGCUGCUUGUCAAGCUACAUAUGUACUACGGCCCCUGGGAGGCACAUUUUAAGGACGACAUUGAUCAAUGUCUAGAGGAGAUGUCAGGCUUUCGGAAAGGGGAUCCCUCCCUCGGUGGCAGUAAUUAAGCAGAUCAAACGAAAGGAGCAUUCAUACCAGUUAGUUUCUUUAAUAAUCACAGCGAGAGACAAAAGAAGAAGAAGAGAAGAGUUUGGAUUUGAUAUCCCGCUUUAUCACUACCCAAAGGAGUCUCAAAGCGGCUAACAUUCUCCUUUCCCUUCCUCCCCCACAACAAACACUCUGUGAGGUGAGUGGGGCUGAGAGACUUCAGAGAAGUGUGACUGGCCCAAGGUCACCCAGCAGCUGCAUGUGGAGGAGCGGAGACGCGAACCCGGUUCACCAGAUUACGAGUCCACUGCUCUUAACCACUACACCACACUGGCUCCUAACGAAUGCAUAUCUCUUUAGAAAUGGCGUUGCUCCCAGUAAAGGCUCACCCCCUCCGUCCCCAUUUAUCUAUGUCACUCCUACGUCGGGUAAUCCGAACUUGUUUCUGCUGAGCUCUCUGUUCUAUCACUCUCAAAGCCUGUCUCGUCUUAGGCGAAGGGGGGUAAGGAACACUGUAUAAGGACACUGAAUCUGCCAGCUGUCUCUCUCUCCUGGCAUUUCCUCUUCUAGCUGUUCCUCUCCCAGUAUUUCUCAGCUUUUCCUCUCUGGACUAUGCCCCUCUGCAAACCACUGUUCUAAGUCAAUACUGGCCUCCUGCCCUUGGGAAGGUUCAGGAGAAGGGGCGGCAGCGGCUCCCAUCAUUCCUCCUCAGUCCAGCCCCUGAGAGGAGAGGAACCAGAAUGGCGAGGUGUAUGAAAACAUUGGGAGAACGUUCCUUACAGUGAAGCAGACUGCCUGGGGAGGUGAUGAGCUCUUCACUAGAGUUUUAAAGGCAGAGGCUGGGUCACUGUUUGUCAGAGAUACCGUCAUCGCAGACCCAUCGUGGAUCCUACAUUAACGAAGGGGUUGCAAUAGAUGAUCUCCAAGAUCCCUUCCAACACUAUGAUUCUAUGAGAUGAGGAGAAGCAGCUCAUCUUGGUAGAAUUCAUCAGGUGGGGAAUGGAGAAGCAUAGGUUGCAUCAGCUUCAACCAGUUCACACAUUACAGCAUUUUUAGGCAGCAUUUGCAAGUGGCCAGAUGCAAAGGAGAAUAAGGCCAUUGUAUGCACAGGUGGAUGGACAGGUAGGAAAGUAAUAAUUUAUUUGUGUAGCUAUAUAUACCUGCGUCAAACAGAAAGCAAAAAGGACCAUUCAGAACUUUUUUUAAUUACUUUUUUAUUCAAAAUUAAAAGAAAACAUAUUAUCCAGAAACAUAUCAUCCUUAUUUUCCCCCUUUUCCCCUCCCUCCCCCCACAGAACCCCCCCACCCCCGACUUCCCUCAGUUCCAGUCUUUGAUUUCUCUAAAAAUGCUGUUUUCUGCAUGUUACACAGUUGUAUAGAUCCUCAAACUAUUUAAGUAAUAAUUAUCAAUAAAAAGUUUGUGAAUGUUUAUUCAAAACCAGCCAAGGAGUCCAGUUCGCUUUGUUGUGUCUUCAAAUACUUUGUAAAGGGUUCCCAUUCAUCUUUAAAGUCAUAGUUAUCCUUGUCCCGUAGCUUGUAUGUCAGUUUUGCCAGUUCUGCACAGACCAUUCAGAACUGAGCCACAAAUUUAGCUCUUGACUUCUUGGCAGUGCAGAUAAAUAUGCAAAGGAGCAUCUUUUUCAUUAUCAAACAGCAAGAACCAUACAAACUCACCAGGUAUAACAGAUUUCUUCUUGUAACUAAAGUUGGGACAAAUGUUUUUCACAGGGAUCUUUAUAAAAUGGACAUUGAGUAAUACAAUGGUCAAUAUCAUCUGUGACAGCUUUGCAAAAUACGUAAAGACAAGACACCGUUCCAAGGGUAAUUUCUUAUAACGGCCAUCUGAAAAGGCAGAGAGCAUGACAUUAAGUCUUAAUUCUGCAAAAGGGUUUCUACGUGGAGCUGAGGUUGUUAGAUCCAGAUAUGAGACACAGGGAAUUUCAGCAGCUGUUGUUUCAUGUCACUGUGACAUGACAAGUCUGUGCAUACUGGCAUGUCGUCUACAUGUCUAUGAAAAGUACACAAGCCCUGCCCUCGCUUGCAUAUAACUUCAUUUAUGUCCUAGCUGAAUUCUCAACAUUUAUCAUGGUCUGGAAGAUGUCAGGAGCAGGCAUUUCCUGGGUCAUGGCAUGGGAGUCCAGGUUGGGUGCUUAUGAGUCCAUCUUGUAGGAUGAAGAGCAGUUGCGGGCUCUCAACCCCAUAGGGAGGAGCAGCAGAGAUACCAUCUACCACCAGGCCUGAAGAUCUUGACUAUGACAAGCAGGAACCAGGAAUUUCUUUCCCCUAAUGGCUCCCCGCUGCCAGAGCACCUUUAGCAGGCCAUGUGACUUUGCCUUUUCAAGAAAACUGCAUACUCUCCAUCAUUCUCCUGAAGAAAAUUGGGAUGUGAGUCUUUUGGUGCUGUGUUCGCGUCGGAGUCAGCCGACACUUGCAAGAGUGCUGCAAAACACACACUUCUUCUUUGGCAAUCACUCAUAGCCAAGUAAUAAUAAUAAUAAUAAAAUUUAUUUAUAUCCCGCCCUCCCCAGCCAAAGCCAGGCUCAGAGCGGCUAACAACAAUAAAAUAGUACAAAAUUCUAAAAUCAUUCAUUAUAAAAUUAAUUCAAAUCAAAUUGAUGGCAACCAUUGGGCUAGAGAUUCUGUGGAGAUUGCCAAAGGAGGGAGUCAGGCUGUGCCCUGACCAAAGGCCUGAUGGAACAGCUCUAUCUUGCAGGCCCUGCAGAAAGAUGUCAAGUCCCGUAGGGCCCUAGUCUCUUGUGACAGAGCGUUCCACCAGAUUGGAGCCACAACCAAAAAAGCCCUGGCUCUAGUUGAGGCCAGCCUAACCUCUCUGUGGCCUGGGACCUUCAAGAUGUUUUAAUUUGAAGACCGUAAGUUCCUCUGUGGGACAUACCAGGAGAGGCGGUCCUGUAGGUACAAGGGUCCUAGGCCGUAUAGGGCUUCAAAGGUUAAAACCAGCACCUUAAACCUGAUCCUGUACUCCACCGGGAGCCAGUGCAGCUGGUAUAGCACCGGGUGAAUGUGAUCUCGCAGCGAGGACCCCGUAAGGAGUCUUGCCGCAGCAUUCUGAACCCGCUGGAGUUUCUGGGUCAGUCUCAAGGGCAGCCCCACGUAGAGCGAGUUACAAUAAUCCAGUCUGGAGGUGACCAUCUCAUGGAUCACAGUGGCUAGGUCAGGGCAAGAGAGGUAAGGAGCCAACUGCUUAGCUUGGUGGAGAUGAAAAAAUGCCGCCUUUGUUAUAGCUGCAAUCUGCGCCUCCAUGGAAAGGGAGGUGUCAAAGAUUACACCCAAACUCUUAACGGACGGUGCUGGCACUAAUUGCACCCCCGCAAGAGAUGGGAGUUGCCCCCGCCCCCAAUCCCAUUUUGUCCCAUCCCAGCCAAAGGACCUCUGUCUUAGAAGGAUUUAACUUCAACCGGCUCCCACGUAACCAUCCAGCCACAGCUGUAAGAUUGUCUUCCAUGAACAUAGUUUUAACAGUGAGUCUGUAAGUGACUGUGGAGGGCAAUUCUGGAUCCACACGUCCUUCCACAGCGGGGACGUAGGUUUCUGGGUGGGAGUUAAUCAUGGUGUGGAUUUGCCAAACAUGUCUUCCUCUUAGCAUGUUUCUCCCUUUCUUCCUGAGUUUGAGUAUCUUCAAAGCAAUACACCUUUGGUAAAGACUGUUCUCCAACGGGAGCGCUCGCAGGCCAGGAUUCCCCAAUUGUCGGUGUUUAUACUACAUUUUUUAAGAUUUGCCUUGAGACAGUCUUUAAACCUCUUUUGUUGACCACCAGCAUGACGCUUUCCAUUUUCAAAGUUCGGAAUAGAGUAGUUGCUUUGGAAGAUGAUAAUCAGGCAUCUGAGCAACGAAGUAGAUGUUGAAGAAUCCUUGCUUUGACACUGGAGGAACACACACCUGAACAGGCGCCUGGAGGAGCAGUUCCCUCUUUGCCACUGCUCAAUGAUCCUGCUCCUGAUCAAUGAGUCAGUUGGGAAAAUCACCCCCUUGCAGCCAAUUGAGAAACAGCUGAGCUAUGGCAAAGAGGGCGCAGCAGUGCCUUAGGGAAUGGCUGUUUCAGGGUGCUCCAGGGUCAAAUGAGGUGGUGGCUCCUGAUUAAGUCAGCUUCCCUCACCCUCGUUUUUCCUAAUGGGAAAGGCAAGGGAAGUUGCUCUAGGGAUCUUUGGAAGGAGGCGUAGGUGGAAGGUCUCAUGACCCGCUUCUGAUGAUUCCCGUGUGCUGCAAUGUACGCUGAGCACUCUGGAAGGCAAGCGGCAAUCUCUGUCCAGCACUUCCUCACUUGUUUGCCUAAUGGAGUGGUGGAGGGUGUGUGUGUUGCAGUUGUAUGUCUGAAGGGCUGAUUUGACACAACUGGAUGGGCCUGAGCCAGCCUACGGGCUGCCAGUUCCCUACCUCUGCUCCAGCAUUCCCAACACAUUCCCAACACAUGUGCCAACGCUAGCAUGCUUGUUGUUGUUUAGUCGUUUAGUCGUGUCCGACUCUUUGUGACCCCAUGGACCAGAGCACGCCAGGCACUCCUGUCUUCCACUGCCUCCCGCAGUUUGGUCAAACUCAUGCUGGUAGCUUCGAGAACACUGUCCAACCAUCUCGUCCUCUGUCGUCACCUUCUCCUUGUGCCCUCCAUCUUUCCCAACAUCAGGGUCUUUUCCAGGGAGUCUUCUCUUCGCAUGAGGUGGCCAAAGUCUUGGAGCCUCAGCUUCACGAUCUGUCCUUCCAGUGAGCACUCAGGGCUGAUUUACUUAAGAAUGGAGAGGUCUGAUCUUCUUGCAGUCCAUGGGACUCUCAAGAGUCUCCUCCAUCACCACAAUUCAAAAGCAUCAAUUCUUUGGCGAUCAGCCUUCUUUAUGGUCCAGCUCUCACUUCCAUACAAGGGAACUAAGUGUCUGCUGUGGGAAACAAAUGCAGAAGAGACUGCCCACUGCUUUGCUUUCACCUCUGCUGUGAUCAGAAUAUUCUGACUCAUCUUUGUGUGGUUUAAAUGUGUCGCUUCUGUCCUCAUGCAGAGAAGCACUAGAAUUCCCAAUCCCUCAGAGGAUGGUUCCCUCCAUAUAUUUUUUUGAGCUGAUAUGGGCAUAUCUAGACAGUGACACAUGUAGGAGCAUAGUGGGGCAGGGGGUGGUACUCUGAAGGUGAGAAAUUUUUAUUCAUAUACAUCCCCAAAAUUAAAUGCUUUUGGUUGUAAGCAUUGGCAUGCUUCCAGUUUUAUUUUAUUUUUUAUUAUGUUUAAAAAACGUAUCUUGGCUAUCAAACUUUGGGGCAUAUGGCUGUAGACAUUGCCAGCAUAUAGAAGACCAGAGUUUUGCAAGCAGGCUUAAGAUGCUGAACUCUGUAUAUCAUCUAACAUAUCUGCUAUUUACCAUUGUGUUUCUUGUACAGGAGAACAGGUUUCCUAAAUGAUUCUUCUGAAGAUAUGGACAACUCAAAUUCCUCUUGUGAGGAUUCAGUAGAAACGGAGGCAUUUAUACAUUUGUCUCUUCCUCCAGCAGUAAGUAGGCCAAUUAUCGUACUUUCUUGAGUUAUGACUGAUGAAAUACAGAGCUACUCUCCUUCCUCAGAUACUGAGGCUGACAUUAGAUAGGAAGGAGAGUGGCUGUGUAUAAUACUGAAAAAUGCACAAAAUGGAAUACCGAGCUCAUAUAUUACUCUUGGGUUCUGCACUGGACACUAACGGACACUGCACUGGACACUAACGCAGACAUAAUUACCGGUACUUUGGCAUUGAUACACUUGCUUAAUUUGGGGAAUUUGGCAGAGGCUGAUCUUAAGUGUGCUUGCUGCAGAGAGCCAGAACUAAAAACAUAGGGAGAGCUCUGCAGUAUAAAGAGCUUACAACCCACCUACUCUCAGCUCCUGGAAGCAUCAUAGUGCAGGGGCCUGUCAGGAGUGAACAUGAACCACUGGUACCAAAUUGGAUGGGAAACAGCCUUACUAGAAAAGCUACCGUAACUGUCAGGGAACUGCCAUCGGCUCAGGAGGGAGAGGGGAAAAGCCGGAUGGAUUACAGAGAGCCCCCAAAGAUCGUGGGAAGCAGCACCUCCUCAGCGGAGGAGAGUAACCACGCCUCCAGUGGAGAGGAGCUUCAGGGCUCGGAGGAGGUGAGGCGGUGUCAGGACACCUUGCUUGGGCAAACAGGGAGGAGAGCGGUCCUCCGUUACCCACGCCCUCCUUGCGCAGUAAGCUUUCGCGCCGAGACGGGAGGCGCAGACUGGGCGUCAAGAAACUACUUUGCUGGGGAAGGUUUAAGGACCGCCCACUCACGGUUUCUGCCAGUGAAUGAGCCAGCCACGGGAGAGUGGCGCUCUGGACAGAUAAAGUUUAUUUUGGCAUCAAAAGCAAGGCUUCGCAGCCGAGCAGGGAGGCAUUUGCCUGCUUGCUCUCGAGCAACCCCUUGGAACCGUAACACUAACUAACAAACUGAAAGCAACACGGGGACAAAUACUGUAUUGGCCUGAAUAUAAGCCGCACCAGAAUAUAAGCCGCACCUUUAAAAUUCAAAGGGGGGAGGGAGAGAGAGAGAAAAGUCAAUACCCGAAUAUAAGCCGCUCCCUUAAAAUUCUGCAGGCACUCAUAUCCAUUCUAUUUUAUCGUAUGCCUGUUUCAGCAGCGAUAUCGUAAAAGCCAAUUUUUGUAAGGUUGCGAAUUUAAGACGCACUUUAAUUUUGGGGGGAAAAUGAGGCUUAUAUUCAGGCCAAUACUGUAAAAGAGGACGCCUUCACCCCAGUGUGGCUCCCUUUUAAUACACACACAGCCCAACAAGACAACAACAAGAACCCACCGGCAGCGUACGAAUCAAUAUGGUUAACUUGGCCUAACAGUCACACACUUCCAAGACAUGGAUGGUAAAAUUCAUCAGGAACAUCCUGACUUGGUUUAAUUAACUGACAGGUUAACUGAGCUGAUAGGUUGAGCGUCCAUCGUUAGGGAUAAUAACUCAAUUAUAAUUCUUUAUUAGUUUCUCAAAGAUCAAAGGAUGCCUUCACUCCCUCAUGACUGUUCUUCUGUAUUGGCAGGUCUUCAUCAUUAUAGUGCUGUCCUGUCUUGAAAAAAGAAUAAAAAGAUGUUGUAUAGAUGAAAAAAUUCCUCUACAUGGACACUGUGGGAUUAUGGCGUAAGCUGAAGAAUAACUUUCCUCCUGUGGCUACAAGUGUCUUCUAAAAAGACAAAUACGCCAGUACAACAAAUGCCAUUCCUUCAUGAAAGCAGGUCGCCUUUCUGAAUCUGUCUUGCAGGAGGCAUAAAUUCAAGUAUUUACAUCUGGGAUAAAAAAAGAGGAUAAGUUACUGUCCUUGCACCGAAACAGAGCAGUCUCCUCUUGUAUCGGGCAAGGAAGAUCUUCCAUGUUGGCACUAGAUGGAGCUUUUCAUAGGUCACAACCACAACAUACAUUUAAAGCUCUCUCCAAAUCAGGCAAUACUUUUACGUAUUAGGACCAACCAAACUGUCACAAAAUGGUGAACUGAACCGUCACUGUUGUUAUUUUUCUCUAAGCUGAAGUUGAUGGGUGUUUGAUUUCACACCUAAGUUUUAUGACUCUUUGAAAGCAGCACAUAAGCUUUCAGCUCUGUAAUGGCUUCCCAGUUGCUUCCCAGAAUCCUAAGAAUUAUUUCUUCUCUUCUUCUUUCCAUACCUCACAGACCCUUUGAUAUCCUUACCUUCAGCAACCGAUGGUCACUUGGAUUUGCAUUUGGAAUUAUUGCUGAUAAAGUGAUGUACCUGUUUACCUCAGACCACUUCAUUUCGUUAUUUCCGAGGUGGGCUAAAGGUAAAACACGUGGGAAAGAAGCAACAGGGAGGCCUGGGGACGGAACAAUACCGUGAGCCUCUGACGUUUUCCAGUUUAUCCAUACUAAUCUGCUCAUUGCCCUGAUACUAGCCAGAACCUGAGCUUUUGGGCUCAUCUGUGAGUUCAAUUUUGUAUUCAGGAUUCCGAUCUCAGCCUUGCAUUUGUUAACAUAAGUGGAAUGAAGAGGGAAGACUGGCAGAUGAGGUGAGGUGAGGUGUUUUUAACCUCUCUUGCAUAUGCCAAAUUCUUCUUGCUGACUUCUUCCUUCCACCAAGAUCAUUUUUCUUUCAUGCUGAUCUCUCUUCCAGGUUUAGAGUUGUUGAUUGGGACUAGGGAUCUUAAAAAAUACCGUAUUUUUUGCUCUAUAAGACUCACUUUUUCCCUCCUAAAAAGUAAGGGGAAAUGUGUGUGCGUCUUAUGGAGUGAAUGCAGUCUGUGCAGCUAUCCCAGAAGCCAGAACAGCAAGAGGCUGCACAGCGAUCCCACUUGCUGUUCUGGCUUCUGAGAUUCAGAAUAUUUUUUUUCUUGUUUUCCUCCUCCAAAAACUAGGUGCGUCUUAUGGUCUGGUGCGUCUUCUAGAGCGAAAAAUACGGUAGGUGGGGGUGGAAUUGACUGUGUGGAAGAGUUAAGCACUCUCUCCCCUACCUGCUGAUUUCCUUCUGCAAAUGCUGCCUCAGCUCAGCUCCACUGACAAUUCAAGCGGAAUGUAGGGACUGGGAAUGCUAUAUUUCCCUUAUAUUUCACUGUCUUCAUAUUUCCGGCAUCUCAAGGCCAAGUCUGACUCCUAAGACACAGUAAAUGCAUCAGACUCCCAUUCACAGCCAUCCUAAAUAUUUCUCCAACCUAGCAACUGUGAGAAUACAUCCUUGAAAGUGGUCCAGCUUUUAUCAGUGCUUAGGGUAUCCCCCCAAGUGACCGAGAGUAGCUCUGAGAAAUGCUAGAUCUCCAUUUGGAGUAACUAUGGUUUCUAAAACGACCCUAUCUUUCUGCAGUUUUUGUGGUUCUAAUCCAUGCCGUCGAAGUGGGCAUCUCUAUGUACCCCUUCUUUGCCUGCCUUUCAACAAGUUACGCGAUUACCGGAGCUAUACUGGGAUUCCUUUACACUGCAGCUUGGUGAGCAGAGCCUUAUAUCAGAUAUACUUGUCUGAGCUGGGGAUGUUGGGUGAGAGACAACUUGCCAUUAGAGAACCUCACGAAGGGCAUUUGUGGAAGCUUGCGAUGAACAUUGCUACAGAGCAAGUAGAUUUUUUUUUAAAAAAUAACUUUAUUCAAAAUUAAAACAAAACAUAUUAUCCAAAAACAUAUAAUCCUUGUCCCCCCCAUUUUUCCACCCCCCCACAAAACCCACCCGCCCCCACCCCCUGACUUCCCUCAGUUCCAGUCUUUGAUAUCUCUAAAAAUGCUGUUUUCUGCAUGUUACCCAGUUGUAUAGAUCCUCAAACUAUUUAAGUAAUAAUUAUCAAUAAAAAGUUUGUGAAUGUUUAUUCAAAACCAGCCAAGGAGUCCAGUUCGCUUUGUUGCAUCUUCAAAUACUUUGUAAAGGAUUCCCAUUCAUCUUUAAAGUCACAGUUAUCCUUGCCCCGUAGCUUGUAUGUCAGUUUUGCCAGUUCUGUAUAGUCCAUCAAUUUUUCUUGCCAUGAUUCUUUAGUUGGGGUUUCUUCAGUCUUCCAUCCUUGUGCUAUUAGAACUCUUGCGGCUGUUGUCGCGUACAUGAAGAUGUUUUUCAGCUUUUUGGCAGAUCUUUCCCUACAAUCCCUAAUAAAAAUGCUUCAGGUUUUUUAACAAAUGUUAAAUGGAACAUUUUCUUCAAUUCGUUGUAGAGUGGUGCCUCGCAAGACGAAAUUAAUCCGUUCCGCGAGUCUCUUCGUCUUGCGGUUUUUUCGUCUUGCGAAGCACGGCUAUUAGCGGCUUAGCGGCUAUUAGCGGCUUAGCGGCUAUUAACGGCUUAGCGGCUUUAAGAAAAAGGAAACAAACUCGCAAGAACUCGCAAUACGUUUCGUCUUGCGAAGCAAGCCCAUAGGGAAAUUCGUCUUGUGGAACGACUCAAAAAACGGAAAACUCUUUCGUCUAGUGAGUUUUUCGUCUUGCGAGGCAUUCGUCUUGCGGGGCACCACUGUAUAUCAUUUCCCAAAAUUUUUUAAUUACCUUACAAUCCCACCACAUAUGAUAAAAUGUCCCCUCCUUUUCCUUACACUUCCAACAUAUAUUUGAACUAGUUCUGUACAUUUCCCCUAACUGCACUGGUGUUGUGUACCAUCUGUACAUCAUCUUCAUGUAAUUCUCCUUCAAUUGGGAACAAUCUGUAAAUUUUAAGUCAGUUGUCCAUAAUUUUUCCCAAUCUUCCAUCAUAAUAUUGUGACCUACAUCUUGUGCCCAUUUAAUCAUAAGAGAGCAAAUAGAUUUAAAUGAUCCAGGGUUCCUAAUAUUGUCUAGAUCAGGGAUAGCCAUCAUGGUGCACUCUAGACAUCGUUGGACUCAGCUCCCAUCAGCUGCAUCCACCAUGGCUCAAUGGUCGGGAAUGGUAGGGUAAACAAAGCUCAUCUUGCAACCAACUUGUUCAGCUGGUUAUAGAAUCAUAGGAAUAUAAAACUGUAGAGUUGGAAGGGACCAUGUGGUCAUCUAGUCCAACCCCCUUGCAAUGCAGGAAUCCUUUGCCCAACGUGGGGCUCGCACCCACAACCCUGAGAUUAAGAGUCUCAUGCUCUGCCACCUGCUUACAACUUUACUUUUUGUAUGUUAAUUUUGUCAGUAACGCUGCCUCCCCCCCUCAACCAGUCUGUUCUGGCUGGGGAGUUUUACUCAGUCCCUAAUUUUGUGACUUUCGCGUUGCUGGUGAAGACCUUCCUUGUAAAACAUAGACAGCAUACCGUAUUUUUUGCUCUAUAAGAUGCACUUUUCCCCCUUCAAAAAUUAAGGGGAAAUGUGUGUGCAUCUUAUGGAGCGAAUGUAGGCUCCUUGGCUUCAGCGAUAGGAAUGCGAAGCCUCUGAAGCGCAGAGGGAGAGCUCCCCCUGCGCUCCGGAGGCUUCGCGUUGCUUUCGCUGAAGCCGCCUGAAGCCCCUGGAGCACAGGGAACUCCCGCUGCGCUCUGGGGGCUUCAGGAAGCUAUCCACACGCCUUCAGAGCACAGCAGGAGUUCCUGCUGCGCUCCGAAGGCUUGCGGAUAGCCGCCUGGAGAGUGAGAGGGGUCGGUGCACACCCAUCCCACUUGCUCUCCAGGCUUCGCUUCGCUGGAGAGGCGCUGCACAGUUUUCCCUCUCUGCGCAGCGCUCCUUCAGUGAAGCGGGAGGAGAAAUGGAAGGGGCUCCGUUUCUCCUGCCUCUUCUCUAAAGGGGCGCUGAGCAGAGGGGGGAGAAUCCCCCCCCUGUUUCCCCCCUUCUAUGGUCCGGUGCGUCCUAUAGAGCAAAAAAUACGGUACUUUCUGUAUUCUGGAUUCAUGCGAAUCCAAUAUGAGGACUGUGGUAGAUGGGAGUUUGCCUCAGAAGUUUGGCUGAACAAACAGUACAUAUAUUUUGACUACAGACAGCAUCUUAGGAUCCCUGUAACUCCAGUGUUGUUUUUUUUAAAGGAUGUUCAUCUCAGUGGUAGACUAUUUCUUGUGCCCUGACAAUAACGUAAGUGCUCAUCUCUCUUAUCUGUCUACCUGCUGGGGCCAGAGCCUGAAUGGGGGAGCCUCCUCUGCAGUGGCCAGCAUGACGCUGUGGAGCUUCCAUCCCAAAAUUAGCAUCGCUGAAGUGUUGGUGCUGACCUUUAAAGCCCAGUAUACCUGAAGGAGCAUCUCUACCCCCAUUGUUCAGACUGAGGUCCAGCUCCAAGGGCCUUCUGGCGGUUCCCUCACUGUGAGAAGUGACGCUCCAGGGAACCAGGCAGAGGGCCUUCUCGGUAGUGGCAUCCUACCAUCAGAUGUUAAGGAAAUAAACAACUGUCUGACUUUUAGAAGACAUCCGAAGGCAGCUCUGUUUAGGGAAGUUUUUAAUGUUUGAGAUUUUAUUAUUUUUUAUAUUUUGCUGGAGGCCGCCCAGAGUGGCUGGGGAAACCCAGCCAGAUGGGCAGAGUAUAAAUAAAAUACCGUAUUUUUCGCUCUAAAAGACACACUUUUCCCCUCCUAAAAAGUAAGGGGAAAUGUGUGUGAGUCUUAUGGAGUGAAUGCAGGCUUCAGCGAAAGCAACACGAAGCCUCCGGAGCGCAGGGGGUGCUCUCGCUGUGCUCCGGAGGCUUCGCGUUGCUUUCGCUGAAGCGAGAAGAGCAAGAGGGGUCGGUUUGCACUAACCCCUCUUGCUCUCCUGGCUUCGCUUUGCUGGAGAGGCGUUGCGCAGCUUUCCCUCUCUGUGCAGCGCCCCUACGGCGAAGCGGGAGGAGAAAUGGAAGGGGCUCCGUUUCUCCUGCCGCUUUACUGAAGGGGCGCUGUGCAGAGAGGGAGAGAAUUUCUUUUUCUUCUUCUCCCCCUCUAAAACAACGUGCGUCCUAUGGUUGGGUGUGUCUUAUAGAGCGAAAAAUACGGUAUUAUUAUUAUUACUGCCUGGAUGGGGAUUGGUCAGGACAAGACAGCAGUGAGGCUGGGGCUGCACAGGUGUACCAGCAGAGUCAAAACAGUUGUCCUGCUGGGGCAGCUGUAGAGCCCUCACCUUGCUACUCCCUCACCCAGAUCAGCUUAGUGACACUGCUGUAUGGUGAGGGCAUCUCUGCCCUAGCACACAGGCUGCCACAGAGCCACCUGCGAUCUGUGUACAUGGCCUUUCGGCCUACAGAGGAAAGCUGUGGUAGAAAUCUAAGGCCUGUGAAAGGACCACCACUGUGUGUGAGAGGACAAGUGCCAUGGAUGAUUCCUUCAGUCCAGGAAUUAGAUGCCUCCAAAUCUUUUGGGAAGGAAGAAGAAUGGAGACACGAUUCAGGUCCUCAGAACCAUGGACAGGGCACAAGAAAGCAGGGCCAAAACUAGAGGGCUUUCAACAGAGGACACUCUGCCCUGAAGUCACCGAGAAGGAAUGGAAAUGCUUAUGGCCCUCAGAGUUUCCUCAUGUUUCUCUGGAGCUUCCAGGGAGCUUUUGCAUCCAAGCCAUGUGGCUUUGCUGCUGAACUGCAGCCCUGCCUGAAAAGAAUUCAGAAAUCAAGGCCCAUGUCUGCCCUCUUGGCAGUAGAUGAAGCACAAAAUCCAGUAAGCCUGGGACCGUUGAUUCCUAGACUGAAGACACUUGACAAAAGACUUAGCUGUUGGUUUAGAAAGGAUAAAGGUAAAGGGACCCCUGACCAUUAGGUCCAGUCGUGACCGACUCUGGGGUUGCGGCGCUCAUCUCGUUUUAUUGGCCGAGGGAGCCGGCGUACAGCUUCCAGGUCAUGUGGCCAGCAUGACUAAGCCGCUUCUGGAGAACCAGAGCAGCGCACGGAAAUGCUGUUUACCUUCCCACUGAAGUGGUACCUAUUUAUCACCUUGCACUUUGACGUGCUUUCGAACUGCUAGGUUGGCAGGAGCAGGGACUGAGCAACGGGAGCUCACCCCAUCACAGGGAUUUGAACCGCCGACCUUCUGAUCGGCAAGUCCUAGGCUCUGUGGUUUAACCCACAGCGCCACCCACGUCCCUUUUUUAUAUAGGAUACAUGGCUGUGAAAUAGGCAGAAGGGGGCAUGGUUUAAUUUGGGACUGGCUCACUGUACAAGACCUACAAGGGGCAUCUACAAUGAAAUGUUGCAGUGUGUUCUGCUUGUCAGGGUUCCAGCCCUGCUUUCUUCUAGUAAAUGCCAUUCCAUUUCUGCUCCGCCUGACCUCAUGGCUACUGAAAAUACACAGUUCGUAUUGGGCCUGGUGGGUUGACCCCUUAAAACGUCCUCCAUAGCAACUUACACUUCUGCAAGCAUUGUGGCUUUCCUGUGCACCCUCCUAUCUCCUCCUUCUUUCUCCCUAAUACCAUUUUGGCAAUAAUAAUAAUAAUAAUAAUAAUAAUAAUAAUAAUUUAUUUGUACCCUGCCCAUCUGGCGGGGUUUCCCCAGCCACUCUGGGCGGCUUCCAACAACGACCAAAAAUACACUAAAAUGUCACACAUUAAAAACUACCCUGAACAGGGCUGCCUUCAGAUGUCUUCUGAAUGUUAGGUAGUUGUUUAUCUCUUUGACGUCUGAUGGGAGGGUGUUCCACAGGGCAGGUGCCACUACCGAGAAGGCCCUCUGCCUGGUUCCCUGUAACUUGGCUUCUUGCAGCGAGGGAACUGCCAGAAGGCCCUCGGCGCUGGACCUCAGUGUCCGGGCAGAACGAUGGAGGUGGAGACACUUCUUCAGGUAUACUGGACCAAAGCCGCUUAGGGCUUUAAAGGUCAGCACCAACACUUUGAAUUGUGCUCAGAAACGUACUCGGUUGCGCUCGGAAUUGGUUGAUGCCGUGAGCAGGAGAUAGUUAGCAGUGUUAGUGCGUGUGAUUUGUGGCUGUGUCAAGGGUGAAUGCUGAUUGGAUGCUGUCAGCGAGCAUUGAGACUAUUGGUUGCUUCUGAGUCACGUGCGAUAGGAAGCGUAUGUCAUGCUGUCCCCCCUAAAAGCUAAACAAUUAUUGGCACCCCCCUGAAAAAGGUCAACAACUCUGGGCAACCUCCCCUCAUUAUCUUUCAGUAUAUUUAUUUGUAUGCGCGCAUGCAGGCAAUCAUUAUUAUCCCACUUUAAGUUUCCACGUUGCGGUUUGAAUCGCUGCGAGGGAGUGAGCUCCCGUUGUUUGGUUCCUGCUCCUGCCAACCUAGCAGUUUGAAAGCAUGCCAAAGUGCAAGUUGAUAAAUAGGUACCGCUCCGGCGGGAAGGUAAACAGUAUUUCCGUGUGCUGCUCUGGUUCGCCAGAAGUGGCUUAGUCAUGCUGGCCACAUGACCCGGAAGCUGUCUGUGGACAAACGUCGGCUCCCUCAGCCAAUCAAGUCAAUCCAAGUCAACCCAAAUGGCAGAGUGCGUUGAUCUUAGUUAUGAUCUUGAUUCUGCCCUUCAGGACAAGACAGGCUUAAUAACUUAAGCUGAGCUUUCAGGGUACAUGACAGGUGGUGUAAUGUUUGCCUUUGGUAAUUCUGCUUUGUUGUUUUUUUGCCUAGUUUUUGGGUGAAUAUGACAACCUCAUAAAGGGCUGGCCUUCCUUGCUGUGCUAUCUUUUCCUUCUAGGCCAAUUUGUUCGCAUUUUUGUGAAAGCCAUAAUAGUCCGUUGUCGGCGUGACUCCGUAAAUGUGAGUAUUUUGUGA